AUGGAAUUUAAUACAUCAGUUCUACCUCAUCCAAAUCAAAUAUUUUAUGGUAUUAUAAAUAGCAACAGUAAAAAGGCCAAUGUAUUACUUCAUAUCAACCUAUCACCAUACACAAAUUAUUUAGAUUUCUAUUCUUUUGUAUAUCCAUUAAUCACAUAUGGAUUUGUUUAUAAUCAAGAAACUGGUGAUGUUUUAGAUAUUUCUGAAUCAAUCAAUCUUUCAAUUUAUGUAGAAAUCGGAUCACCAUUAAAAGUACCAAUAUACGGAUCACCAAAAACAUAUCUUUCAAUAUUAUAUAAUAAAUCAUCAAUAAUAAACUAUUCAAUUCCAUGGUCCUUCGAUCAAGAAGAGUUUUUAUGCUUAACAUAUUCUCAAAUUGGUGCAGAGUUCCCAGUUAAAGCACCUCAGCUUAUUACAACUAUUCCAAAUGAUCAGUUGGCUGCAUUUUUUAACCAUGUUCAAACAGUUGUUGGACCAAAUGUUUCAAUUGAAUAUCUUAAAAAUCCAAAAUGUAAAAAAUAUUUAAAGAACUUUAUACUAUUAUUAAACGAACGUUUAUUAUAUCUUCAAGAGUAUUUCAAAUUUUACUUACAGUUAAAACAACAACUAUCAAUGGUUUUUUUGGUAAAAAAUGUUAAUCAAGGUGUGGUUAUUACACCAAAAGAACUUUAUCACUAUUUCGUCACUGAAUCAGUUCAUUUAGCAAACCCAACACUAUGUAGUACUAAAGAAAUUUGGAACAACCCACCACUUAUUAUUUCAAGAUCUCUUGAACAGUUUCCAGAUGAAAGGGGUAUAAUGAAAUCCAUUUUAUACUUUAGUUUUAUAGAUUUUAGAAAAGAGAAUGUAUUGACAUUAGAUCAAGUUAAUAAUUUAUUCACACUUCAAAAUGCAUUUAGUGAAAAGGGUAAAUUCUUUGCAGCUAUCGCCCACCACUUUGGAAUAACUGAUCGUUCAUAUUUAAUUUCAGAUCUUUCAAAUCAAUACAACUAUGUCUUAACAUUAGAUUUCUCACUUCGUCUUUUAAUACUUCAUGAAAAAAUUAAAAAUCAAAAAUCCUUAAUUUUAACUGGUGAAAUUGUAAAAGAUAUGUUUUUCGAACAAUUAAAAUCAAUUUCACAAGAAUUAAUUCCACCGGUCCCACUUAUGACUUUUAUGAGGGGAGGCAAUAAAAUACAUCCAUUUUAUACCUCUUCAAAUGAAAGAUAUAAAAUAUUAUAUCAAUUAUUUAAAAACAACACUGACUGGUAUGAAUCAUUUGUUUCAAACUUUACUUCUCAUUGGUUAGAAAAUAACCUUUUCGAAAAAAUAUUAUCAAAUAUUGCAGAUCUAAUUAUUUGUGGUAAAGAAUCUCACUCUAUUCUCGAAACCAUUAAAAGUUCAAUGAUUAAUUAUAUCUACCCAACAAUCUCAAACAUUGUCAAAAUUCUUUCAAAUUUCUAUUCGAUCACCUCAUUUAUUGAAAUAGAUAAAAUGGUAAACGGCUCUGCUGAAAUAGAUGCAUCAGAAUUAGAACUAUAUAAAUCAAAGAAACUAUUGAUCAAAGAAAUGAUUGAAUCAUCCAAACAACAAUAUUUUUCAGAAAUUCAAAUAGAUAGAAGAUUAGAACCAGUCACCUUAAAACCACCAAAAGUAACAAAACAGUCAUUAAUUCCAUUGUGUGACCACUUUGAUAUUCAAUUCUCAUACUUUUUUAUUAAUAUUAAUAUAAUCAAUCCUAUUCUAAACCUUCCAAAUAAAGAAAAAGCAAUUAAAAAACUUUUCAAAGCAAUUAAAGAUCCAUCAAGUGGCAUUUCAGAAGGAAAUAUUGAAAAGUUAAAGAAAUAUUUUAUUAAAAUGACUAUUGAUAUUCUACUUAACCAAAUAGAUGAAGUUAUUAAGAACUAUACAGAAGUUGAUGAAGGAAAAUUACCAUUAGGUUGGAGUGCAGUUAUUUUAAAAGAUCUAAUAAUAGAAAACUGGGCAAUAAUCAAAGACAAAUUAAUAAUCGAUGAAUGUAGAAGAGGUUUGUACGCCGAAAGUGAAAUAACAGUAAUUGAUAAAUGGUUAGAAAAUACCCAAGCAUCAAUCAUAAACUCCUGCUUAACCAACAAUAACUUUUCACCAGUUAUUCAAUCGAUUGUCGAAAGCUUUAGAAGAGAAAACAAAUUUGAAAUUCCUAAUAUACCAUUAGGUGUCGCAGAUGAAAAUGUUUUACUUGGUUCAAGUUAUUCGCCAGAAGAAUUCAAUAGAUUUUACCAUCUUCAAUUGUGCGCACAAUUCUUUUCAUAUAACAAACAUAAAUUUGAAUCAUCAAUCGAUUGGGGUUCAUUUUUAAACAACUUAACAAUAACAUUUAUCAAUGGAAAAGUUGCUGAAGGUCAAUUAAAAACUUAUGGUGGUAAAUUCCCAUGUGUCCAACCAGUUGGAACAUCUAAUGAUCAAGACUCAACACUAAACAGCACUGCAUUCUCCGAACCUGAAUUUAUUAAAGAAUUAAAAGAUUUAGUUAAAAUUCAGAAGAUUUCAAAAUUAAAAAUAGAUUUAGAUAAGAGUAUGAAUGAUGGAUCAAUUCAUAUUAGCUCUAAAAACAAAAUAAUCAGAUCAACUAAUAAAUCACAGUUUAGCUAUAUUGAUGAAAAUGAACGUCAUAGAGAAGAACCAUUUAUCAGCAUAUUAUUGAUUUAUAAAAAAUAUAACAGCUCAAAUAGCAAUGAUAAUAUUAAUAAUAACAAUAGCAAUAAUAAUAAUAGUGAAAAUGAUAAUGAAAACAAAUUAAACGAUAAUGAAGAAACAAACCUCAUAUUCUCUACUUGA